AUGAAAUUAAUAAUCUUGAUUCUUAUAUGUGCUACUGUUUUAGGUGCGUAAUUUGAAAAAGGAUAUGUGACUUCAGGCAAAAUUUCAGCUCAUAAAAUAUACAGACAAGUAUAAGAAUGUUGAAUAAUCAAGGACAUAAAAUUAAAUAAUAAUUUUACAGAAAUUCCAAAAAUUGUUUUGAGUGUGAUUGGUUACAACUCUAACCACAAUACUUUAGACUUCUUUUCGAGAGUAACUGAAGUAACAUAAGAGGGUAUUAUACUUUUAUAAUGAAUAAAGGAUUCUAAUUGUAAAUUAUAAGUGAUUCUGAAAUUAAUGAAAUGUAAUUUUACUACUUAGCAACAGAUCAUUAAGAUGUUUAAACUAUCUGCAAUAAUAUAGAAGUUUAAAAAGAUUAAAUAGAUAUCAAAUUUAAUAAAGCAUUUGAAAAAGAAUAACCAUAAGUGGCAGCUUUUUUAACAGGAAUUCAUAGAAAAAAUUAAGAUGAUAUAAUCUUAGAAAUAAAAUUAAUUGAAAAGAAUCAAGUUCAUUUAACUACAUAAUCAAAAGCAGAAAGCUCUAUUGGUUUAUGUUUACUUAUCGGACCUUAAGAUUUAUUUAUUAGAAAAGAGUUACCAAUUAUGCAAAUAUCUCAAGGAUUACCCAAUACUUGUUUUUAUGGAAUUUCUUCUUUAAGUGGAAUGGCAGAUAAUGGAAUCGUAUUAAGUUUAAAUUAAGAAUUUGUAAAAAACUCAUUUGAAAUUGGUUUGACCUUAGUAGAAAUCAAUUCUAAUCACAUUACACUAUAAGAAGAGAAUAAUGAUAAUUCUACUGUUUCCUUUGAUGAUUUCGUAGACAAGUUAACACCCUAAGAAUUUUUAGGAAAAAUGAAUAUCAUCGAAAUUGAAGGACAAGUUAAAAUUAACAGUAUAUAAAUAACUUAAGAAGAAUUAAAUUAGGAAUCUUAAAUGAAUUCAAUUUCUUUCAUUUAUCCAGAAUAAAAAAAUUAAUUAUAUAUCGAAGAUGAAGAAUAAAGUCUCUAAUAAUAGAAUUAAGAAAAUGUUUAAGAAAUUAUAACUAUAAGUGAAUCCUGGUUGUAACAUGAUUUGUCAGUUGUUGAUCAAUCUUAAACAACUCUUAAUAGUAAUUAAGAUUAAGUAAAUGAAGGAUAAUAAAUUUUGACUAAUUUGAUCAAACCUUAAGAUUAUAAUACAAAUUCAAUUGAAUAUGAGAACUUUUAACCAUUCAAAAGAUAACCUGUAAAUAUUGCUAUUGUUGAUAGUACUUAAAGCAUUAUUGAAGAAAACUAAAAACAAACUUAAAAUAAUUAAGAUUUUAUAUCUGAUAACUCAACUCAAAAUUAUGAUCUCGAAAAUAAAAUUGAAAACUAAAUUGAAUAAUAAAUUGAUUCAGUUUAAGAACAAAUUGUUGUUGAAAAUUUAUAGGAAUAGAUUAUGGAAAUGUAAGAAGAAAUGCAGAAUUAAUUAACUUCUUAAAGCCAUGUACCAUCUGAAUUGAAUCCGUUCAAAAUAAUUGAAUAACAAUAAUUUAUUGUUGAAUAAUAAAAAUAAUUAGUUGAAUAAUAAUAAUAAAUUAUUCUCUAAUAUUAAAGAAUGCUUGAACAUAAAGUUAAAAUAUUACCUGAAACAUAAUUGGAUGACGAUAAAUAAGAAAAUAAUGAAUAAUAAAUAAGUUUAGAUGAAGAUUCUUAAAAGGUUUCUUUAUAAAGUACUUUAAUAAUUAAUAAUAACACAGGACAAAAUUUAUAAACUGAUUUAGAUGAAUAAAAUAGAGAAGUGCCUUAAACUUAAGAUUAAUUAUAGUAAAAUAUUUAAGAUCAAAAAUAUAUAUUUUAAGAUUUUCCAAGGUUAAGUUUAGAAAAUUAAAGUGAUUUUAAAAAAGAUUUAGAAUCCAUUGAUAGAAACAAAAAAAGAAAAGAUGAUAUUGAUGAAUAGAAAGCAACAAAAAUAUUGAAAGAAAUUACUAAAGAUUUAUAGAAUGAUGAAAAAUUGGAAGAUAAAAUAAAUUAAUUAGAAGAUGGCCUUAAUGAAGUUUUAUAAAUAAAAUCAUAAAAUGAAGUGGAAUAAAAUUUAAGUGGAAUUACUUCAAAUAAGAGGGUUGAGUUUAGCAAUACAUAAAAUAACUUCGAUAAAACUUCAAGUAUUCUAUUAUUAUUAUAUUUUUUACAGGCUUUAAUUUCAAAGAUAGUAGCAAUUAAGUUGUUAAUAUAAGUUUAGAAGAAAUAAGUGAAGCAAUAUUUCCAUAAGAAUAUGAAAUGGAAUAAGCAUAUUUUGAUUGGUCGAUGAAUUAGGGUUUAAUUAAAAAUAGAAAUGAUUAAUAAAUUAAUUUAGAGCUUAUAAAUUAAUCAACCUUGUCUACUCAAUAGAGUUAAGAAGAAUUAUAGAAACAAAUUGAAGAAUUUUUAGAAUUAGAUUAUAAUGAUUCACACUUUAGCGAUCCACUUUUUGAUGAUUUUCAUUCAUUCUUUUCUGUUAAUUAAUAAGUUAAAAAAAAUUUAAGGAAGAGAAAAGUAUUAAAUGUUUGA